AUGGCUCUGGGAAUCUCUAACAUACUGCACUGCCCCAAAUUGAGUUUCUCCCACAACAAUCUCCAUCCCAAAAUUUCAACCUCUCUCAGGUUUUCUCAGGCAGCACCAUGGAGUGAUAGAAAGAUGAUCCGUGCUGCUGCAUCUGCGGCAGGAAGCUCUAAUUCCGAUGGUGACUUUAAUCCUUAUGAGGUGCUAGGUGUAAGCCCUAUUGAAAAAUUUGACAUGGUCAAGGCAGCAUAUGCAAAAAAAAAGAAGGAGGCUGAGAUGAAGGGGGAUGAAGCAACUGCUUCCAGACUGGAAAAGGCAUACGACAAACUCAUGAUGGCUCAAUUGACUAAUCGGAAAAAGGGUGUAACUUUUGGAUCAUUUAAGGUUUCAAAGGAGAUCAAGUUUGCUGACAAGCAGCCAAUUCUACCUUGGGGGCCAAGGUUUACUAAAUCAAGUCAAAAUGACACACGCAUCAACUUGGCAAUAUCUGCUGUUUUUACAGCAUGGAUCCUUGUCAAGCGCAGUGCUGAAUAUAAACCUUUGCAGUUUUUAGCCUUUGCCUUUGUUUAUAGGCUUUUUGAGAAGUUAAAAGCCUUUGAAUCUCCUGUUACCCGCAUAUAUAAUGAAGAGGGUGAAGACACAGGAGAAGGAUUGCGCAUGGGAAAACGACUGCUCCGAUCACUGGCUUUGGUUUUUGGAUGUGUAGCUAUUUCAUCUUUGGCAUAUACAUUUAUUUUGAACAUAAUUGAGUUUGCAGGUGGUUUUAUUCCUGCUCUUCUGUACAACAAUCAGGAGUUGAUAAUCACUACUUCAUCGGCAGUCAUGCUUUAUAUCAUGGCAUCUUAUUAUAGAUAG